AAAUACCCUCAAAAUAGAUAAUUUUCCAAAUACUAAAAAGAAACAAAGAGAUCGGUGUACAUUGCUUUGCCCGAGCUAGAUCGCCGUUAAUAUCUCCGGUUGCUUUUGUUCGGACCUUCUAACAGAUUACCGAUCUCCCCAUAACCAUGACAACUUCAAGGAGGCUUGCUGACAGGAAGGUAGAGAAGUUUGAGAAGAACAUUACCAAGCGCGGGACUGUCCCAGAGACUAGCACCAAGAAGGGAAACAAUUAUCCUGUUGGCCCUGUCUUGAUUGGAUUCUUUGUCUUUGUUGUCAUUGGAUCAUCUCUUUUCCAGAUUAUCAGGACAGCGACAAGUGGGGGCAUGGCGUAAUCAUCUUUUGAUAUGGUCGACGUUAGGUUGUCUUAAUGUGUUGUUUCAAAUAUUAGCGCCCCCAUGUAAAAGAAAUACAGAGUACCUCUUAAAUUAUGUCUUGAAGAACUUUUAAAGGGAUAGUAAAAAUUCUUCUUUCUUGUCUGUCAUUUUGAUUUCCUGUAUUUGGUAUAUCUAGUGAGGCAAAUCAAUAUUUUAAUGCGCAAUUUUGAAUUUUUGGCUCA